AUGUCCGCCACAGAGACUGAGAACGAAUGGGUACAUUACCACGAUGGGGGAAUUCCAGGUCGACGACGCGUCCUCAAAGGCAAAGAAGCCAAUCCAGCUUUCAUGGAAGUUCCUAAAAUCGACUUUCGCCGUAUCUACUCCGACAAACUUUCUGAUCGUGAAGAACUAGCCAGUGAAGUCGGUGCUGCAUGCCGAGACGUAGGAUUCUUCUACGCGGUGAAUCAUGGUGUGGAUGAGAAGAUGUUGGAGGACACGCUUGACGCGUUGAAGAAGUACUUCGCCCUACCGACAGAAGUCAAGAUGGAGACACACAACCAAAAGACCGAAAAGUUCAGAGGCUACGAAGCUUUCCUCGAGGGAAAGUUGGAUCAGAGUACACGGGGUGAUCUAAAAGAAGGCUUCUUAAUGGGAGAAGAUGCCCACGACCCUGAGCAAAACCUUCCUCUCCCUCUCCCAUCCACAUCUCCUCGCAACCAAUGGCCCACCCACCCCUCUGCUCUCUUCUUCCGUCCCGCAAUAUACCGCUAUCACACCGCCAUGUCCACCUUCAGCAGACUGCUCCUGCAUAUCUUCGCCCUCGCGCUCUCCCUUCCCGAAACCGCUUUCGAUAGCAUAACCACACAUCCUAUGACCAACGUGCGCGCGGUCCACUACCCGCCCCAAAAUUCCGACGCAGACGUUGGAAUCGGCGCACAUACGGAUUUCUGCUGGUUCACACUCGUCUGCCAGUCUGCGACGACACUGCCCGCGCUGGAGGUUCUAAACGGAAAUGGUAUGUGGGUGCCCGUUCCCUGUGUACCGAACAGCUUCGUUGUGAAUAUUGCCGAUUUCUUAAAAGUCGUUACGGGCGGUUCGUGGAUGAGUACUGUGCAUCGGGUGCGGAAUCGGAGUGGAGAAGAGAGGUAUAGUAUGCCGUUCUUCUUCAGUCCGAACGAAGAUGCGCGAGUUAGCGUUGUUGAGCAUUUGAGGAAGGAGGGGGAGGUAUAUGACGAGUUUGUUGUUGGGGAGUAUUUCCAGAAGAGGUUGGAGGUUGAUCGGAGGACGCAUCUAGAUCCUGAUGAGGGGGGGAAGGGGACGGGGUUGUGA